UCCCGUCCCUUACCGGCCACACUGUCAGAUCUGGUCCAGACUAGACGCAGAGUGGACGUGCUUCUCCUACAGAGAGGGAUCAGACUACCUACAGCAGCCCGUCAAAGACCUGCCUGAAGCCGCGUUGCGCCUUUCUUCUGUCCCGAACCAACCAAACUCUGAAUUCGCUCUAAAUAUGUCUAAUAUCGUUUGUUGUCAAACGCCUCAGGUUAUAAUGUAUGACCAACACAGAAUAAGGACAACUCUAUAGCCAACGGGAUCCCGAGGACUUGAUUACAGUCGCUUCAAGCCUGAUAGUUUGUCCGUGCGGCUGCUCCCCCUCUCCCUUCUGCUCACGCCUGUCGAGUCAACUGGCAUUCUUCUAACUACUUCCCCUUCCUCUCCUCCGGUGAAGAAGACUCGGAUUCCUCUGUGAGUUCAGUCUGCUUUGCUUGUCGCCUUCUUUCGGUUCCUCUUCUACUCUCAGCAGUGGCUCUUUUCCUGGAUUUACAUUAUACUCCAUUAGACAAAACUUCAGAAUUUGCCAAAAUGAUUCCCAACGGCUAUUUGAUCUUUGAGGAUGAGAGUUUCCUGGAUUCUACCGUGGCCAAAAUGAACGCUCUGAGAAAGAGUGGUCAGUUCUGUGACGUUAGACUGCAGGUGUGUGGUCAUGAGCUUAUGGCUCACCGUGCUGUUCUGGCUUGCUGCAGUCCCUACCUGUUUGAGAUCUUUAACAGUGACAAUGAGCCUCACGGAGUCUCACAUGUCACCUUUGAAGACUUGGACCCAGAGGCUGUAGAGAUCUUGCUCAACUAUGCCUACACUGCCCAGUUGAAGGCUGACAAGGAGCUGGUGAAGGAGGUUUACUCUGCAGCCAGAAGGUUCAAGAUGGAGCGGGUCAAACAGAUUUGUGGCGACUACCUGCUGUCUAAAAUCGAUUCCCAGAACGCCAUCUCUUUACGUAACUUUGCCAGCUCUAUGGGAGACGCCAGAGUUUUGGCCAAGGUGGACGUCUUCAUCCAGGACCAUCUUCUGGAAGUGUCUGAACAGGAGGACUUCCUCAAACUUCCCCGCCUUAAGUUAGAAGUAAUGCUAGAAGACAACCUGACUCUGCCCAGCAACGGCAAGCUCUACUCCAAGGUGCUCAGCUGGGUGCAGCGGAGCCUUUGGGAGAACGGAGACCAACUGGAACGACUCAUGGAGGAGGUACAAACACUGUACUACUCACCUGACCAUAAGCUGGUGGAUGGAGGGCUGGUGAUUGAGGGGCACAGUGAGGUGUUUGGUGGCGAGGAGGACUACCUUCAGUUUGUGCAGAAGAAACCGGUGCGAGAGAGUGCCCAGAGACAGAUGAGCUGCAGCUCCUCAGGAAGCCUGUCGCCCUCCAAACAAGCAGCUAAUGCCCCCAAACUGACGGCCAGGAGAGAGUGGAAGUACAUCGCCUCUGAGAAGACCACAAACAACACCUACCUGUGUCUGGCCGUGCUGGACGGCGUGUUGUGUGUGAUCUUCUUGCACGGCCGCAGCAGCCCUCAGACCUCUCCCUCUGCCACCCCCUGCCUGAUGAAGAGCCUCAGCUUCGAGGCCCAGCCCGAGGACCUGGAGGAGCAGCCGCUGUCACCAAUGCACUAUGCUCGCUCCGGCCUGGGAACUGCAGCUCUGAAUGGGAGACUCAUCGCAGCAGGAGGCUACAACAGAGAGGAGUGUCUGAGGACUGUGGAGUGUUACGACCCCAAAGAGGACCGCUGGACUUUCAUCGCUCCCAUGCGGACUCCGAGGGCUCGAUUCCAGAUGGCUGAGCUGAUGGGUCAGCUGUACGUGAUCGGAGGCUCCAACGGACAUUCUGAUGAGCUGAGCUGCGGGGAGAGGUACGAUCCACACGCCGAUGAAUGGGCUCAAGUGCCAGAGCUGAGGACCAACCGCUGCAACGCAGGAGUCUGCUCAUUAAACAACAAGCUCUACGUGGUGGGAGGGUCAGACCCCUGUGGGCAGAAGGGCCUGAAGAACUGUGAUGCUUUUGACCCUGUGACAAAAACCUGGUCCAACUGCGCCUCUCUUAACAUCCGGAGGCACCAGGCUGCGGUGUGCGAGUUGGAAGGCUUCAUGUACGUGAUCGGAGGAGCAGAGUCGUGGAACUGUCUGAACACUGUGGAACGUUACAACCCGGAGAACAACACGUGGACCCUGAUCGCCCCCAUGAACGUGGCUCGCAGGGGAGCUGCUGUCACCAUCCACGAAGGCAAACUGUUUGUCGUUGGCGGUUUCGACGGCUCCCACGCGCUCCGCUGUGUGGAGGUGUACGACCCCGCCCGAAACGACUGGAGGAUGCUGGGUGGCAUGACAUCAUCACGCAGCAACGCCGGUGUGGCCAUGCUGGGGGAGACCAUCUACGCUGUGGGCGGCUUCGACGGCAACGAGUUCCUCAACACGAUUGAGGUGUACAACCCAGAGAAGGACGAGUGGAACGACUGCACCCAGACCCCGUCUCCCCUCUCUGACUGAGGAGGGGGGAGGAGGGAGGGGGAGGGGGGGAGGGGAGUUACACAGCGCUUCACCUUUUCCCAAACUAACAGGCUUAGUGACGUAAUCGUGUUUCGUGAUGUUCAGUGUGUAUGAGCGGAUGGGAGGGAGGGAGUGAGGGAGGGAGGGGGGGGGUUGUUGGGAUGAGGGGUCUUCAGUGAAGACUGGCUUAUAUUAGGUGUGUGGGGAUGAAUUGGGUUGUUGCCCAUAAGCAACAUGACGCCUUUGCAUAUUGCAUACACUGUUUUUUCGUGCUGUAUAUAUUUUGUUUCUUCCUCAUUUUGUCAUAUGCCAACAUUUAAUACACUUAGUGCUUUUCUUUUUCUCUUGGAGUUGAAGGUUUGUCACUUCGUUAAGGGUUUUCAGAUGAGCUAGCUUUCAGUGGUCACAUGGAAGGCAGCAGUAUGGAGUGGUUACAGUUGAGUUUUUAUUUAAGAGUAUUUCUGUUGUGAUGAUAAUGUAAUUAAACUCACAUAUUUAAAGGUCAGUGGUUUGAAGCCUUACUCUGAGUGCGAGUUGAUAAACACCCGUCAUGGCUUUUUGUGUCAUUUUAAACAAGCUGGAAUUGCUUUUUGAAUCUUAAACAAUGGCCUUUUUUAUAUUUUUUAUACACUGCUGAUUUACCGAAAUAAAGUAAAAGUAGUAGCAGACGGCUUCAGUCAAUGAAUCUAACCAGUGCCAGUUUUAGUUCCUUUUUUGUGCACACACCACACACGCACAACCAUGCUUCUGCUAACCAAACUUUGUUAUUGUAAUUAAACUAAUUGAUGUACGUAGAGAUGCAGUUUACUGAAGAUCCUUUUUUUCUUUAGUGUUUUAAAGUGUCAGGCAUUGGCAGAUUCUUCUGGAAGGAAUGUUAGAGCGAGAAAAUUAUCACAUUUGUAACAUUUCUUAAUUAAUAAAUCAUUUAAAUCUA